CACAACAAAGCCGCGGGAAACCUUUUACAUGUACAUGAUAUUCACUGACACUACCCAUGCUACCGUACCGGGGUGUGGGUACGUUGUGAAUAUUGUGGAUUUUUGCCGUAUUUUGUGUGUGUUUGAUUGACAGUUCUAGCGAUGGCUGAUGAUGACGAAACAACAAGAGCCAAAACGGUCAAAAUGGUCAAGGAAAACAUCUUCCAAGAUGUUAAGUACUAUGUGAUCGGGACCCUCGAUGAUUCGAUUGAAGAGUUGCUACAGGCUGGUGGUGGGAGUCAGGAAUCCUACUUGACAGACAGGGUAACACAUGUGAUAGCAGAGGAAGAUGACCCCCCGGAGAUUAGUGAAGCAAGGGAUCUAUUUGAUCUGCCUGUAAUAUCGCCACUAUGGGUUGAGAUGUCUGUGCGAUGUAGGGUCCUUCUUCCAACUAAGGCUUUCCAACCAGAGAGGUCUCAACUUUUCACCAAUGUGGUAGCAUGCUUCUCACAGAUGUGUGAGUUGGAUCGUGAGGCAUUGUGGGCCAUGGUGACGUUUUAUGGUGGAUCCUGCCAACUGAAUCUCAACAAAUGCUGCACCCAUCUUAUCACUCCUAACUCAGAGGGGGCCAAGUAUGAGUGUGCCCUUCAACAUUCCGACAUCAUUCAAGUAGUCACACCUGACUGGAUCAUUGAUGCAAUCAAUGCCAAGAAAGUACCACACACUAAACCAUACCACCCCAGUUUGCUCCUACCAAAACUACUAGAAACAGACUCUGAGGUUCCCAUGGAAACAGACUCAACGACACUUGGAGAUGAAGGCAACCAAUCACAGGAAAUGUCCCAGGACAAAGUAAAGACGACCCAAGAUGCACCGGGGCAACUGCUGGUUUAUGGUACUCCACAGAAGCAAGCCAUGAAGGCUGUCUUCAAGAUGAAAGCCCCAUGGCAACAAGAACUACCUCCAAUGCCUGAACUUCCUCCCUUGAUUGACAAUGUUCAGCCUACAGUGUCACACCAUAAACACAAGAAGGAAAAGAAGAAAAAGAAGAAAAAGAACAAAGACAAGGAUAAAAGUCGUAAAGACAAAAAGAAAGACAAGCAUUCCCACGAGCGACACACAGGCACGGCAAGCCCAAGCAGUAGUAGCACUAUCACUGAACCGAGUAGCAACAGCCCAAUGUCCCAUUCCUUGCCAAGAACACUGCGAAACAUCACUAAUGGGGUUGAUGCGUUCAUGCCAGCGGUGCCUCAGGAGAAGCGACAAAUGUCGCAGGUCCUGAGCGCGAUCGCUGGAAUGGCGUCGCAGCAGCAGACACGUAACGAGAUGAUGCAUGCAAACAUGCCAUUGGCAGAGCAGAAAAAAUACUAUGGACAUGAUCCCACAUACACAUUGGCCGGUGAAAAUUGUCUUCUUGGAUGUAUCUUCCUUAUUAUCGAGUAUCCACAACUUCUAGGACCUCAUUACAUAGCAACCUGGAGAAAGGUUAUAAGUGAGCAUGGAGGUAUUGUGGAUGAUUGCUACUCAGAUCGCAUUACUCAUGUGCUUUGUGACACUCAGAGGACUGAAGUAUUUAGUCUGGCAAUAAAAGAUGGUAAGCGAUGUGUAACGGCCAACUGGUUGAAUGACUGUUUGAAAAUCAAACAGAUGAAACCAGCUUGGCGAGCCCUGCACUUCCCUGUCAUCAACUAUCCACUACAACCGCCACCAUGCAAAGACCAGGUAAUUUCCAUGUCAGGAUUCGAAGGGGGUGAGCGAAAUGAUGUCAAGACGUUAAUUGAAUUACUGGGUGCUAAAUACACAGGCUACUUCACCAGGGGCAACACACUACUUGUCUGUAACAGAAUGGAAGGAGCCAAGUAUGAGAAGGCCCAGGAGUGGCAGAUACCAGUCAUCAAUGUGCAGUGGUUGAAUGAUCUGGUGCUUGGUAACCAUGAAUCUAUCCGCAAUCUGAAUGCUGCAAGGUAUCAGGUUUAUGACCAGCCUGAUCCAUUUAAGAUUGACAAGUAUGGCCAUAUGUGUACAAAUCUGAUGGAUCCUUGGACCGUUCCGUUGAAGAUCUCACAUGCUGCUAAGAAGUUAUGCAAGGCAAUGCUUGGCAAGAAGUUCUUGUCCAACCUAGGACAGAAAGCGGGUCAACUGAUGAAGAGGAAAUGUGAACAAGGCUUUCCAGUUGCCAAGAGACAAAGGAAGAGUAGUGUGAGUGGUGAGGAUGAAUGGGAAGGGUCGCCUCUCAUGCUGGAUCCUGACAAGAUCCCACAUGUCAUGUUGACAGGCAUCGAUAGCCGAGCCAUUCCUGACCUUAUCAAGAAAUUGGAAAAGUUAGGAGGUCGUACGGCAGACACCAUGGCAUCUUGCACUCAUCUCAUUACUAAUAAAGUGACUCGCACUGUCAAGUUCCUGUCUGGAGUGUCUGUGUGUCGGUUCAUAGUUACUCCAAUGUGGAUUGAGGAGAGUUACAAGAGCAGAUGGUUUCUAGAUGAGAACAGUUUCUUAUUGAACGAUGUGGAAGCGGAGACUGCACUCUUGUUCAACCUGAAGGAGUCUAUGGCCAGAGCUAGUCAGAGAAAACUGCUCAAGGAUGUGACACUGUAUCUGACGCCGGGUGUGCAACCAGGUCCAGGACUCAUUCAUGAAAUCAUUGAGAUGGCUGGAGGUCGCUUACUGACGACACGUCCAUCAUUGGCUAAGAUUAGUGCCAUGCAAAGCACCAUGGGAGCCUCAGCGUUUGUUGUCAUUAGCUGUGAGAAUGAUCUGCCGUGGUGCCGGGAUUUCUUCCGGCAUAAAAUAGAUGUGCACAAUGCUGAGUUUAUAUUGACUGGUGUGCUAAGACAGCAGCUGGAUUUCACCUCAUUCAAAUUUUGCCCUCCAUGAAGGCCAGCUGUUGUGUCUAUCAUCGUGCCCAUGUGACAAGAACAUGCAGAUGAGAAAUGAGUGUAAGUCAUCAAAAUCAUGGAUAUGCAUUGUAGCGCACUGGAACUUUCUUCUUCAGUUUACGACACCUCAGCUUCAACUUCAGCAUGUUUGGGAGAUUUGUAACUCUCCAACUUGAGGGUCUCGAGCCCAGUAAUAUUCUGUAGCGUGUGCACCUGCUACUAAAUGUGCAGUGCACUCUGUCUUGGAUAUUGAGGCGUUGUGUGUAUAAAUUCCAUCCAGAACCUUGACUUUGUCUUCAGGAGUUUUCAGGGCCCUGACUUUGGAGACUCCAGGUCAAUAUCAAGACCAUGUUCUGCAUCAGGGACAUCCAAUCCUUUACUAUGAAGUCAACGUUUAUAAUAUUUCCAUUUGGUUCAGACAUUAAAGGCUUAAAAAGUAGUUCGGAAGUUAGGGAUGAAGCCAAAGCUGGGGAGGAAGUCAAGGUUUGGGAAAUGGCCUUAGAAACUGAAGUUGGGCUUAACUUGUGGGUGUUUAAUGUAAGAUAUGUUAAAGUAUUAUAUGUGUGUAUAUUUUAUCACAAUAAUUUUUCAUCUAAUUUUUUUAUUCAUAGAUCAUGCUUUUUCUAGACACAGUUUUACUACCUUGUUACUUUAGGAUUGUCAAUGGAUAUGUGUGACACCAAUCAAAUGGAUUGUUUGAAUAAUGUGAACAUUUUAACCCUUUAAAUACAACUGUACAUGUAUCAAGAAAGUCCUUAUUUGAACGAGUUCACUGAGUUAGCAUUUUCACAGAUUUUUAACAUUAAUAAUGUGCCCUUUAAAACAUGCAAUUUUCCACAGACCAGCUGAAUUCUUCAUCUUGAAUUCCCGUGCAUACCACACAAAUUGAGAGGAAAAGAGUGCAAAAAGUUCUUAUUCAGCUUGAAUGUCCUCAUUGCAGUGACUUCCCACCAUCAUCUGUGAGGAAUCUGGGCAAAUCCACUAACCAUCAUCUAGCCACUGAGGUGUCAGUCUCUGGUCCAAACAUCUGUGAAAAACUGGCAAUUUAAACAGCAGUAGUCCUUAUAAUGCUCCUUUGCUUGGAUUCUAGGUAGCUGUAAUAGCAAAUUCCAAGCUGAAUAAGAACUUGGGUCAUUAAUAAAAAUGUUGGAAAAUGCCCAACCGAAAGACUCUUGCCAACCCAAGUAAAUAUCCAUGUUACAGCCAGCACUAACCUUCCCACAGCCUCCCAAAUCCACUUGAUUCAAGAGGAGGUAGAGCAAAGCAUUAGCAUAUUGAUGCCACACGAUAGUUUACGUACACAAAAAUGUAUUGUCAUUAAUUUCCUGCAUGGGGGAUUUGGAAGGAUUCUUAGCAAUAAUGUUCAGGAAGGUAGGGUUAAUUAAGAUGUAUUCAUGGCAAAAUGAUACUUUCAGGAUUAAGUAAGGGUUAAGAUGUUCACUGUGAGGGGGAGGGAUGACGACACAAUUGAUAUGCUGUGAUGUGCACCUGAAAAAAAAAGGAAAUGACCAGCAAGUCAACAUACAUUUAAAGUUUCUUCCGAGUAUAUAUCCUUUAAUUUGUAUAUAUACAAAACAAGGUACAUGUACAUAUUGUAGUACUGUCGUUUUCUAAAACAUGAUUACCUUUACAAUUUCAUUUUUUUUAAAAAAUAAAUUUACACUUAAUUUGACCAAGUAUGUUUAGCAACUUAACUUUUAGGCUUCAUUGUCGCACAAUGUAACUACUGUGUGAAUAACCAAGGGCAAGUGGCAACAAUGAUGGACUCCUGUAAAGGACAGUAGAUGACCUUUGUCGCCUGUGCUCAAAUUACUGGAGGAUCAUACCCGAGAUCCCUUGUCACUGCUGUGGGGUUACUUGUAUUACGCUGUUAGAUUACGGUCAGACUUUGGAAGUUAUCCAGCCAUAGUUUAUAAUGUAAGUGCAAUUUUAAGUGCUUGUGACACUCAAAAUUGCUUGUGCUGGGUCGUUUUGUCCCUGCACUUUUCGUGUGGUAUUUUGUAAGAUACUCAAGUAACUCAGCAAUUGUCAAAUUUCACAUGGACAUUUUAUGGCUGCCAUUUACAUGUAGAGUUGAAACACUUCCACUCGUUUUUACUCCAAAUUUAUAGGAUAAUUACUUUAGUUAGAAGAUGAAUAAAAGUUUGUUUAAAAAAGAAA